CGUGUGACGUCUUUUCCGGAAGUGAGCACCGGAAACGCUUUCGGGAAAUUCAAUUCGGUGUUUUCAUUUUAAAAUCGUAUAUGUUAUAUUUAAUUUUAUGUGGUUCCGUUAAAUAAGCUGUAAACAAUGCUGUCUUUAGAUUUCCUCGACGAUGUGCGGCGAAUGAAUAAGCGCCAGCUGUAUUACCAGGUAUUAAAUUUUGGUAUGAUCGUGUCCUCCGCCCUGAUGAUCUGGAAAGGCCUUAUGGUGGUCACCGGCAGCGAGAGCCCCAUCGUGGUCGUGCUCAGUGGGAGCAUGGAGCCCGCCUUCCACCGAGGAGACCUCCUGUUCCUGACCAACCGCGUAGAAGAUCCCAUCCGAGUUGGAGAGAUUGUGGUCUUCAGGAUAGAAGGGAGGGAGAUUCCAAUAGUACACAGAGUACUUAAGAUUCAUGAGAAAGAUAAUGGCGAUAUUAAGUUCCUGACCAAAGGUGACAACAAUGCAGUCGACGACAGAGGCCUGUACAAGCAGGGCCAGCACUGGCUAGAGAAGAAGGAUGUGGUGGGGAGAGCCCGGGGGUUUGUGCCAUACAUUGGAAUAGUUACAAUCUUGAUGAACGACUACCCUAAAUUCAAAUAUGCCGUGCUUUUCCUUCUGGGUCUCUUUGUGCUCGUCCACCGGGAAUGAAGAAAGCAGACGAUGAUACUGAGGGUUUAUGACACACGCGCACACAGACACACGCACACACAUCCCCAUGUUAGCUUCUGUGAAAUAUCUGUAAUAGGGUUGUCACUAUACCUUCAACUAGAUAGGCAAAGUGAUAAGGCAUCUGUCAACAUUUUUACUGUUUCACUCAAAAAACCAUGUUUAAGGAAACCUUUGCUUUUGCACUGGGAAUAAAACCUGUUUUACAAAAGUC